ACCAAUUUUCAGUUACAUCGUGAUUUCUUUGCUACUGCUUAAAGAGUUUUCAUUGUCGUACUUAUUUAAGCAAUGUGUUGACGUCUCGUGAUUUGGAGAUUUAGCAUCCUCCACAUGUGAACAUUUCAUAGUUCAGCAGUUUUGUGCAUUUCUACCAUUCAACGAAAUAUUUUUUUCGAUUCUAUAGUUUAAUUUUUCAUAUAUUUAUUGUAACUCAAAAUGAGUAGAUUCUUUGCCACUGGCUCAGACUCUGAGUCUGAAACUUCCAGUGAGGAGGAGCAAGUACAACGCGCACCAGCAGCAGCGUUCACGUAUAGUGACGAUGAAGAAGAUGCCAAACGUGUAGUCAGAUCUACAAAAGAAAAAAGAUAUGAAGAACUUACAAAUCUAAUAAAACUCAUCAGAAAUUAUAAGAAAAUCAAAGAUAUGAGCAUGUUAUUAACAACUUUCGAGGACUUGCAGAGAGCUUAUCAAAAGGCUCUGCCUGUAGUUUCAAAAGAAGAAAAUGGUCAAACUCCACGCUUUUAUGUACGCUGUCUGGUUGAAAUGGAAGAUUUUAUCAAUGAAGUCUGGGAAGACAGAGAAGGACGUAAGAAUAUGUCAAAGAAUAAUUCAAAAUCAUUGACUUCUCUACGUCAAAAGCUGAGGAAAUACAACAAAGACUUUGAAGAAGAUAUUGCCAAGUUCCGUGAAAAUCCAGAUCAAGAAGAUGAAGAAGAUGAAAAAGCUGAAGAAGCUGAUUCAGAUGAUGACAAUCGUGUAUCAGACUUUAAAAAGCAAGAACCAAGUGCUCCAGAUGCAUCCAAAUUCAAGAAAGGUGCUGUUGAUGAUGAAGGCAGUUCAAGUGAUUCAGACUGGGGCAGUGAUUCUGAAAGUGAAAGCUCUAGUAGUUCAGAUGACGACAAGCCUCAGCAUGUUGGAGCUGACUACUUCAGAAAAACUGCCAAGGACGGUGACGACGAAAAGCAAAUUAAGAAAGAACACCGAAAAGAUCGCAAAGACAAAGAUAAGAAAAGGCGACGUGAAGAAGAUGAUGGAGAAGGCGAAUGGGAAACUGUCAAAGGAGGAGUUGCCAUUCCUUCAGAGAAGCCAAAAAUGUUUGCCAAAGAUGCAGAGAUCAACAUUGCUGCAGUGCUGAAAAAGCUCAAUGAAAUCAUUGCUGCUCGUGGUAAAAAAAGGACUGACAGAAGAGAGCAGAUUGAACUGCUGCAUGAGUUACAGUCCAUCACUGAGAAUCACAAUCUUGGAUCUGCAGUAUUGGUGAAAAUCAAGUACUCUAUUGUUUCUUCGAUUUUCGACUACAAUCCCAAAGUAUCUGAUGCAAUGAAGCCUGAAUAUUGGUCAAAAUUGUUAGAGCGUAUAACAGAAAUGUUGAAUUUGCUUUUGGCCACUCCAGAUUUGACUAUUGCUGACAAAGUGAAUGAGGAAGAAGAACAAUAUGAGAAAACACCUUUCAAAAUCCAUGGUUGUGUUCUUACGUUGGUGGAAAGAUUGGAUGAGGAGUUCACAAAACUCUUGAAAGAGUGUGAUCCUCAUAGUAACGAAUAUGUUGAAAGGUUGAAAGAUGAAAAGGCCGUCUCUUCUAUUAUUGAUAAAGUGCAACAAUACCUUGAGAGAAGUGACUCAGCAUCGGAGUUGUGCCGUAUUUACCUUCGUAAAAUUGAACAUCUCUACUACAAAUUCGAUGCAAAUGUCCUCAAGCAAAAAGACGGUGAAAUUCCAAAAGAUACUGUCACGUCAAUUCAAGUAAUGGACAAGCUCUGCAAGUACAUCUAUGCUCAUGACGAAACCGAUCGUUUGAGAACAAGAGCCAUCCUAUCGCACAUCUACCAUCACGCUCUUCAUGAUAACUGGUUUCAAGCUCGUGAUUUGGUUCUGAUGUCUCAUUUGCAAGAAACCAUCCAGCAUUCUGAUCCUGCAACGCAGAUUUUAUACAACCGUACCAUCGCUCACCUUGGUCUCUGCGCCUUCCGUCAUGCUAACAUUAAAGACGCUCAUGGGUGCCUUUUAGAUUUGAUGAUGACUGGUAAAGUAAAGGAAUUAUUAGCUCAAGGUUUGAUGCCACAAAGACAACACGAGCGUAGUAAGGAGCAAGAGAAGAUUGAGAAACAACGUCAGAUGCCAUUCCAUAUGCAUAUCAAUUUGGAGCUUCUCGAAUGUGUUUACCUUGUUUCCGCUAUGCUCAUUGAAAUUCCUUACAUGGCUGCUCAUGAGUUUGACGCCAGGAGAAGGAUGAUUUCCAAAACUUUCUACCAGCAGUUACGAUCGAGUGAGCGUCAAUCGUUGGUUGGUCCACCAGAAUCCAUGAGAGAGCACGUUGUCGCGGCUGCUAAAGCUAUGAGAAAUGGCAACUGGUCAGCUUGCAACAACUUCAUCAUUAACGAAAAGAUGAAUGCUAAAGUCUGGGAUCUAUUUUAUCAAGCUGACAAAGUUCGUGAAAUGCUGACCAAGCUGAUCAAGGAAGAGUCUUUGAGGACAUAUCUGUUCACUUACUCCCACGUUUAUGACUCGAUAUCCAUGCCUACACUGGCAGAUAUGUUUCAACUGAAGAGACCUAUUGUCCAUUCCAUUAUCAGUAAAAUGAUCAUAAAUGAGGAACUUAUGGCAUCGCUGGACGACCCAUCGGAGACAGUAGUGAUGCACCGUAGCGAGCCAAGCCGCUUACAGUCAUUGGCAGUACAGUUGACCGACAAGGUCAACAACUUUGUUGAUUCGAACGAGCGCAUCUUUGAAAUGAAGCAAGGCAACUUCUUCUCGAGAGGUAAUCAAGGCAACUUCCGCGAUAGGCAAAAUUACAAUAGACAAGGACAGGAUUGGGGUAGGCAAAGGCGUGAUCGCGACCGCGAUCGUGAUCGUAAUCGCGAAGAGAACAGAAACUAUUGAUUUUUGUA